GUCACGUGCCCGGACGGCGGGACGAAGCCGGGACAAUAGCUACCAACUUCACGGCGAGCUUGCAGGCUUCGCGCGCCGUGCGGAGCAGGCCCACGUACGACGCGCAGGCACUGCGCCGAGCUCAACAGGCUGGCCAAGACGCUGCCAGCACUCGCUCGUCGCUGUCUUCUCGCCGGACUCGGUUAGCCCGCGUUGGAACAUACUGGAGGAGGAGAGCAAGCGAAGCCGUUGCAACUGUUUCCGUGAAAGAUCGCGCACCGAUGGGGAGCAAGGCAAUGUUGUUGAUGAUGAUGGUGACGAUGAUGAUGAUGCUGAUGUAG